AUGAAUUUGAGGGCGCUAGAAAAUUAUAUUAAGGUUACCUUUUCCCAGUUUGUUUACCCUGGACAAACUUUAAUUACCAACUCAAAUGUUCGCUCAAAUGCUAUUUCUGGCGGAUUAGUUGGUAAUGCUUUAUCUGGCGGAAUAGUUGGCGGGACUGAGAUUGGCAGUAUUACUCCAAAUGGAGUCAGCAGCGUGGUCAGCAAUGUCAAUCCCAUAAAUCUCGCUAAUAACGCUAUUGGUGGCAGUACAAUCAGUAGCUUAACAAGUUUCGAUAAUAGUGCUUCUGGCGUAAUUAAUAACUACAAUGGCAUUGGCAACACCAUCGGUGGUAUUACUACGAUCAGUGGCUUACCAGGUUUGGAUAAUACUGCUGCCAAUGUAAUUAAUAAUUACAAUGGCAUUGGCAAUCUAGUAUCAAGCAAUGGAAUAACAGAUUUAAGCAUGCUAAAUACAAUACCAAGCGGACCUUUUCUAGUCAAUUCUUACUCUCCAAUAUCACCGAAUGGCAUUACUAUUGUUUCUGAAAACUCAAUAGAUGGAUAUCUGAAUGUAGCAGGAAAAUUGCCAUAUUUAAGCGUGGUCUCCUUUGAAGGGGCAUUACCAAGCACUGGGUCUGGCAUUGCCACAUGUGGUUGCGGGUCUGGCGGUAUAGGUAUAAUCAACGACGGCCUGCCAAUUACUAUAGGUAAUGCCAAUUACGGUGUUAGCAUCGCUCGCAUUUGAUUUAAUAUAAGUAUGUUGUCAAUUUACUUUUAAGUAACUUAUUGUAAAUAAAAAUAUUUUAAAUUAAUGUUUGAACACAUUUUCAAAUACCCUUUCAAUUAUUUUCUUAUAAACCAAGAAGUUAAAAAAUUUAUUAUGUAUAAUUAUAAUAACACUGAGCCUUCAAAAACUGCUUCUUAUUGGACUAAAAAUAUAUAGUUAGAAAUUGGAAUAUACAGUUAGUUUGGAUUUGUUAUUUACUUAAAAUCUUGACAACAAAUAAGAGAAAAUAUAUUUUAUUAUGUUGAUCUUAAAUUACUUUAUGGCACUUGACAAGUGACGAAGACAGAGUGAUGUUAUUAAACUCAGUUACUGAGAAAUAAAUAUAAAUAGCAAAGAUCAAAAGCCGGCUCCUAUGAAAUAUUAACAAGCUUCAAGUAAUAUUUUGCUUUAAUAUUAAUAAGAGUUCAGGGUAUGUUGAAAUAUUUCUGUUGUGAAUAUUAAAAAACUGGCAUUAUAGUUAAUUGCAGGUUAAAUUACACUAUCAAUUUUCUCCAAGCAAUUUUAAACCUUAAUUGGUUAAUAAUAGUCAACCCGGCGUUAAUUAACCUCUUCUUUGUCAAAUCUUCAAUAAUACCGGAUUGAAUUUUACCCGGA